AUGGGACUGAGAAUCAUUGUCGUAGGUGCUGGGAUUGCCGGCUUAACAACAGCUUUAGCGUUGAGGCAAGGAGGACAUUCUGUCGAGAUAUUCGAAAAAUCCAAAUUUGCAAAGGAACUCGGUGCAGCACUGGGUCUUACUCCAAAUGGAUCGCGUGUGCUCGCUACGCUAGGAUUCUCCUUCGAACGUGCUCGGGCAAGUCAGGUCACCAGCUGGGAUGUCGUUGAUGGAGUCACUCUCCAUACUGUCAAAAGUAUGGACUUCAGUGCAGCACGGACCCAGUUUGGAUUCCCAGCCUAUUCUGUUCACCGUGUUGAUUUUCAUGGUGAAUUGCUAUUUCUGGCCCAAAGAUCUGACGAUAAGGAUCAAGAGCCGGUGAAACUGCACUUGGCUUCACCCGUGGUCAGCGCUGAUGCAGAAGAGGGACUUAUUGUACUCGAAGAUGGAUCACAUCAUUAUGCAGAUCUGAUUAUUGGCGCGGACGGCAUCCAUUCUGUGCUCCGGCCUUUUGUGACUGGUUCUCAGCAGAAACCGCGUUUUACAAAUCUCAGUGCUUUCAGAUUUUUGAUCCCGACCAAGACAAUGCGUGACGACCCUGCCCUCGAGAACCUGAUGAAGUGGAAAGGGACAGGAGCUGCGACCCUUGCGAACCCAGAUGACUUGUUUCCAAAGCGCCAUAUGAUGUGGUACGACUGUCAGAAGUAA